CGAAAUUUUUGCCCGCAUUAGUUGAUGCGGAGAUUUCGAGAACUAGCAUCAUUGAAUCGGAAAGGGUCUGGAUUAGACGCGCUAGUUCGAGCCUGUCCUUGCAUCUUGCAGCUUUUUCUGUGAAUAGAGAGCCGGUUUCCGAGGGAAGCGAUUGUCAACAAUGGAGCCGACAACUGCGAAUCUAGAGGCUAAUGCGCCCAAGCGUGAUCCGCAGAAUGGCGAUUCCGCUGCAGACCAGGCCCAGGAGCCACCCUCGAAAAGGGCCAGACUCGAUGAUGCUGCGGGUCCCAGUGUGCAGGCUGCUGAUGCUCCAGCUCCGCGGGUGAAGGGUGUCGCUCCUAUCAAGGCUGAAUUUAUCAUCGAUCAACCCACGAGGAGCCAGCCCGCUCCGGAAACGAACGCCGAUGACGCUGCGGAAGCUGCACACCACGAUGGCCGCGCUGAUGAGCACAAAGGAGUAAAGAAGAACAAGAAGAAGACCGGUCAGAAUACGAAUCGCAAGUUCGGUCGAUCCGAAGACGCAAAAGGACUGUGCUCAAGCGUCAACUUCAGGCCCGAGUUCUCUCCCGCCGAGUGCACUUUCGGCGAGAAGUGCCGGUAUGAGCAUAACCUGCGGACCUAUUUGAAGGAGCACAAGCGAGAGGAUCUUACAACCUUCAACGGCCUCUGCCCCGUCUGGGAUAUCAACGGCAAAUGCUCUGAGGGCUACAAAUGUCGCUUUCUCGGUUCACACAUGGAGGAGCGCGAUACGGCAGAUGGAAGGAAGGAAUUGGUUCUGGUUGAAGACGAGGAGCGUAAGAAGAAGGUGCAGCGGCUUGUUCCUUUCGCCACAGAUGGUGUCGUGAAUAUUGCCUCGGUGGAGGAGAAGGUCGCUUUGGCAAGGAGAAAGAUGGAUUUCCCGAGGGCUGGACCUUAUAGCGAUUGGCUGGAAAACACUGCUAGGACUAUGGAGAAGGAGCUUCACAAGCGGAAUCGCGGUGGAGUUGAAAGCGCAGAGAGCAAGGAUGGGGAGUCUAAGGACGAGAAAGAGGCAAAGGAGGACAACCGCGCGAUCUACGUCGAGCCGCCAUUUUUGCCAUCGGAAAAGCGACGGUUGUAUUUCGGACCAGAGACCCCGGCCCUGGCGCCUUUGACCACACAAGGCAACAUGCCCUUCCGAAGACUUUGCGUCGAGCUCGGCGCACAGUUUACCUACUCGGAGAUGGCCAUGAGUUUGCCACUGGUCCAGGGAAACAAAUCGGAGUGGGCCUUGAUGAAGGCGCAUGAGUCUGAAAUGUUGCCUCCCACGCUUUUGCCGGGGGCGGAUAUCGUUCAAGGUUACGAUAACUCCAAGGAUUUCAAGUUCGGUGCCCAAAUUGCCGCAAACAAGCCCUGGCAAGCGUUUAAGGCUACUGAAGCGCUGGCUAAAGUUACUCCGAACCUGCGUGUCAUUGAUUUGAACUGUGGCUGCCCUAUCGACCUUGUCUUCCGGGAUGGUGCUGGUUCUGCUCUUCUGGAGCAUCCGGCCAAGCUUGAGAAGAUCAUUCGUGGCAUGAACACUGUCUCAGAACACAUUCCUAUUACGGUCAAGAUUCGUAUGGGAACGAAGGAUAACUCUCCGAAUGCCUUGAAACUGACGGAACGUUUGCUCCUUGGAGGCUACGAGACCAGCUUGCUUCAUCACGAUGGAGCUGCGGGUGCCGCAGCUAUUACCCUCCACGGCCGUAGCAGACAGCAACGGUACACCAGAUCAGCUGACUGGGGAUAUAUCUCCGAAUGUGCCGCUCUGAUCAAGCGCUUGGGCGAGAAAACCGAUGCAGUGACGGAUACCGUACGUGAGCCCGACGCUCGGACACAGCCAAACGGUGGAAAGGUUUUCUUCCUUGGCAACGGUGACUGCUACUCCCAUGUGGACUACGAUGAACACAUCAACAAUGCCGGUGUUGAUAGUGUUAUGAUUGGACGGGGAGCCCUGAUCAAGCCUUGGCUUUUCGAGGAGAUUCAGGCGGGUCAGUACCUUGACAAGUCCGCUACGGAGCGUUUGGCGAUGGUCGAGAAGUUCGUUAAGUAUGGUCUGGAGACAUGGGGAUCUGAUGAGCACGGCGUUGGUACGACCAGACGCUUCUUGAUGGAAUGGCUGAGCUUUACUCGGCGCUAUAUCCCUAUUGGUUUGCUCGAACAUCUUCCACCCUCCAUCAACGACAGGCCGCCAGCCUUCCGAGGCCGGAAUGAGCUCGAGACACUGCUGGCCAGUGCCAACUACAAGGAUUGGCUCAAGAUCUCGGAAAUAUUCCUCGGACCGGCCCAUAAGGACUUCAAGUUCGAGCCCAAACACAAGUCGAACUCGUAUGACGAGGCGGAGGGUUAAAUUUGCGCUCAGGACGCGCUCUUUAGACAAGAAAUAACGCAUAGAGAUGAUGUACAUACGCAGCUACUAUCAUACAUGACUAUAAGAUAC